AUGGCGAUCCGUGUGGACCCGGCUGAGGAGCCUCGCAUCUACCAGCAGACCCUCCUGCAGGACGGACUCCGAGACCUGCUGGACAGCGGCAAGUUGGUGGACUGUGUGCUGAAGAUCAAGGACAAGGAGUUCCCCUGCCACCGGCUGGUGCUGGCCGCCUGCAGCCCCUACUUCCGAGGCAUGUUCCUCUCCGGUCUGGAGGAGAGCAAUAAGCGGGAGAUCACCCUUGAGGAGCUGGAGCCCGAGACGGUGGCGGUCCUCCUGCGCUACAUCUACACCUCCGAGGUGAGGUUGGACGACAGCAACGUGCAAGACAUCUUCACCGCCGCCAACAUGCUCCAGAUCCCUUCCAUCUUCACCCUCUGCAUCUCCUACCUGCAGAAGAGGCUGGGUUUGGGCAACUGCCUGGCCAUCUUUCGCCUCGGCCUGAUGCUGGACUGCCCGAGGUUGUCUGUGGCCUCCAGAGACUUCGCCUGCGAGCACUUCAGCCUAGUGAGCAAGGACGAGGACUUCCUCAAACUCAGUCCCCAGGAGUUGGUCGCCAUCCUCUCCAGCGACGGUCUCAACGUGGAGAAGGAGGAGGCCGUCUUCCAGGCAGUGAUCAGCUGGGCGGAGAGCGAGGAAGGCCAUCUCCCGGCCCUUCCCCAGGUCUUCGACUGUGUCCGCUUCCUCCUCAUGCCCAAGGACUACCUGACCAAGAACGUGGAGGGACACCAGCUGGUCAAGUCCAACCCGGAGCUUGUGGCCAAGAUCCAGAUGGUCAAGGAUGCCCAUGAGGGCAAAAGGCAGGUUGGCAAGCCCAAGGGAGAGAAGGAAGAGUCGAGAAAGAAAGGAGACGGUGAGCCAGCAAGCAGCGAGGCCAAGGGUGAGGGAGAGGUGGAGGAGAAGGAGGAAGAGGAGGAAAAGGAGGAAGAGGAGGAAGCCUCAGGCAUCUUGAACAAGAACCUGCGCUUCGGCAUGUUCAUGAAGGACCUGAUCUUCAUGAUCAACGAGGAGGCCACCGUGGCCUACGACCCCCUCACCAACGAGUGCUACUUUGCCUCCGUCUCCAACAAGAUCCCCAAGAACCACGCCAGCCUGGUGACCAAGGAGAACCAGAUCUUUGUCAUCGGUGGCCUCUACUACAACCAGGAGAACAAAGAGAGCCCCCUGCACUCCUACUUCCUGCAGUUUGAUCACCUGGACUCUGAUUGGCUGGGGAUGCCUCCCUUGCCGUCUCCGCGUUGCCUGUUUGGCCUGGGGGAAGCGGAGAACGCCAUCUACGUCAUCGGAGGGAAGGAGGUGGGAGAAGGCGAGAAGUCGCUGGACACCGUGAUGUGCUACGAUCGACACACGUUUAAAUGGGGGGAAUCGGAUCCACUUCCAUACGACGUGUAUGGUCACUGUGUGGUGUCGUACAACGGGCAGGUCUAUGUCAUAGGAGGGAAAGGAAAAAACAAGAAGUGCUUGAACAAAAUGUGUGCCUACAACCCCGAGCGGUUCGAGUGGAAAGAGCUGGCCCCAAUGAAGACAGGCCGCUCCUUGUUCGGGGCGAUGGUCUACAAAAAUAAGAUCUGGGUGGCUGCGGGCGUGACGGACGUGGGGCUAACCGGCAGCAUCGAGGUGUAUGACCCGGCUGCAAACAAGUGGGAAGAAAGCACCCCAUUUCCGCAGGAGCGGAGCUCUCUCAGCCUGGUCACAUUGUCGGACUCCCUAUACGCCAUCGGUGGGUUUGUCAUGUUGGAAUCAGAGUCCGGAUCCGGAGAUUUCGUUCCAACCGAGAUCAAUGACGUCUGGAGGUACAACGAUGACAAGAAGGAAUGGUUUGGAAUUCUCCGGGAGAUUCCGUACGCUGCAACAGCAACGUUCCUUCCAGUUCGACAAAAUAUUUUACGAAUGAACAAGCUAUAGACAUUGGUAUCAAGUAAACUGCAAAGGGUAUGAGAUGUAAUACUUGGAACCAAACACUGGAAGAGGGGGAUUUAUGUGUUCUUUAUAAAACACACGUCAAGCUCCUCUGCUUCUGGAUCCCUUUUGCAUUUAGAAAUAGUUUAGGAGUGCAGAUAUAUUCGGAGUUGAUUCAUGUAAUUAAAUUUCCAAACAUUUCAGUUCUGAUAAUUUGAGUGAUUCAUACCAAAGUUUUCAUAAUGAUGUGGAGUACAUUUUGUAUAAAAUGAAUGAAACUAUUAAUACUGUGGGCGCAAUGAGACUGGCUUUGUCACAGAAAAAGUACACUGAAAAUACGAAUUAAAGAUUUAAUACAA